ACCAUUUUCAUUUCCCUCUCAUUCAACUCUUCACUUUUCCCUGAGAGAAUCCUUUGCUUAAAAGGAAUUCCUCUCACUCAAACUUUGAGAUCCAAAAAGCCAAAAAAAGAAAAAAUCCCAUUCGUAUUCACAAGGUCACCAGCAAUGUCUCUGAAAUCACCCGCGGGUUAUGGCGCCACCACCACCACCACCACCACCACACAGCCACCUCCCACUUCGCCGACCUCCUUAACCUUCAUCGCACGCGCGACGCGCGCCACCCGAACCCUGGUAGCCACGCGCCGCCCAUGGGCGGAGCUUUUCACACCAUUCUCCUCCUUCUCUCUCCCUUACUCGUACUCAGAUGCCCUUUCACGCAUCAAGCAGAACUUCUACCACUUCCGUGUAAACUACGCCAUGGUCGCUCUCUUCAUCCUCUUCCUCAGCCUCCUGUGGCACCCAGUUUCCAUGAUCGUUUUUCUCCUCGUCUUCGUCGCCUGGUUCUUCCUCUACUUCGAUAGACCCAACCCAGUUGUCGUUUUCGGUCAGACGCUAGACGACCGUGUCGUAUUGGGUGUGCUGGGAGUUGUGACUGUCAUAGCUCUGGUGUUGACCGAUGUGGGAUUGAAUGUUUUGGUGGCUCUGAUUGUUGGGGUUGUUGUUGUUGGGUUACACGCCGCGUUUCGUGGCACUGAGGACUUGUUUCUCGACGAGGAAAGCGCUGUGGAAGGUGGAUUGCUCUCGGUUGUGGGGAGCCAUGAUAGUCAGCCGCUCAGAACUUCGUAUGCUCGGAUUUGAGACUUCGUUGAAUGCUUGUUAAUUCAUGAAAUUUUGACCUGGUCUUUGUUGGAUUCGAGGUUUUUGGGGUGUGUUCUGAAAUGGGUUUUUUGGAAUUUUGAAGAUUCCUCGUGGGAUUUGAAAUGGGUCUUUUGGAAUUUCGACAAUUUCUCAUUGGAUUUGAGGUCUUUGGGGGGUUUUAUCUGAAAUGGGUAUAUUUUGAAAUUUUCAGAAUUUAGCAUUGGCAACUGGUUUAUGGUGACUUGGUCUGAAGUUGAUAUUGUAGGAUUUUGAGGAUUCUUUAGCAGUUAUUGGUGUUUAGGAGUUUGAUUUGAAUUUGCUUAUUGUGUGAUUUUGUUCAUGUUUUGGUGGUGGUGUGGGUUGGGAGGAGGUGGGUUGUUAAAGAAAACUGGUUGCCAAUGGUAUUAUCUCUGUUGGAAUGGAUCUUUCGUAUUGAUUUCUUUGGUUAGUUUUCAGCUGGGAUCAUUUGGGAAAUAAGGUGCAACUUCAUGCUGCAAAGUGGGACUGUGGAAUCUUCUAGUUCGAAUAGGGUGUGUUUGUUUACGGCAUCAUAGUGCAGGUGAUUGUUCUGCUUUUUUAUUUUGGGAGUCAUUGAUAUGGAAAAUAGUUUGUAAAGUGAUUUAAGGUUGAAUACGGGUGGUGAUGUAUUUUGAAACUGGAAAUUUUUGUGUUUCUCUUUAGUUAUACUUAUCUGGGGAAAAAAAAUGUUUGUCGCUCUAGUUAUAGGGAAAUUUAAAUCAAGUGAUUAAGCAACCAGUUUAAAGUCU